AUGGGUCUAUGGAAUGAGAAGCAGACUUCAGCUAACAAAACUACAAGUCCUUUAACCGACCAACCAAACGCUCAACAACAACCACAACAACCACAACAGCCACAACAGCUACAACAGCCACAACAACAGCUAUCACGACGAUCGACAGCCUCACACGAUGUGUUCCCUUCAUUCAUCUCAAUGGCAACUCAAACUUCAUCAAGAGACCAAGAAGUUUCAAAUCGACAACCGAAUUCGCAAUCAGCAACAGUGAAUCCACCGUCAUUUUUAGCGGCAGCUUCUCACAUAUUAGACAAUGAAAAACUACAAAAACAGAACAAACAACUACGUACAAGGUUAAACCCCACAACAACACAAACUACGCCUGGAACAGCCAGUACAACAGUAUCAAAGGAAUCCAAUCACUCAAAUACGAGUCAACCGAGACAGAGCUUAAUACCGAUGGGAUAUUUUAGAUCGGUUCUGCUCGAGAUACUUCUGUACCGUAAAAUGAUUCUGGUAUUCUUCUUUCCACUCAUCUACCUACCAAUACCAAUUUUUUAUCCAGACAUUGUAAGUUUUGGAUAUUGUAUGUUCAGGAGUUACUGGACGACAGAAGCCCUACCACUGGCGGUGGCUGGCCUCCUGCCGUGCAUCCUCAUGCCUCUCCUCUCCGUUGUCAAGAUCGAAGAACUUGCAAUGGAGUACAUCAAGGACUCCUCACUGAUGUUUUAUGGUGGCCUGAUAAUAGCUGUGGCAAUUGAGAAAUGCAACCUUCACAAGAGGCUGGCCAUGGCAGUUCUUCUCAUCGUUGGAACCUCAGCGAGAUGGGUGGCAUUCGGUUUCAUGGCGACAAGUUGGUUCUUAUCGAUGUGGAUGAACAACACAGCUACGGCUACGAUGAUGGUCCCGCUUGUCUCGGCUCUCAUUGGCCAGUUGAAAAAUAGUCGCAAGAAAAAACUUCAAAACAUAGGUACAGAGCUACUGAAAAUUGCCGUGCAAAAACCUUUUCCGGAUGGCAGGCCUAGGCAUUAUAGGAUCUCGAAUGUGAUAAAAUCUGUCUCUUUACCACCAUCUGAUAUACGCCAGAAAGGAAAGAGGGCAAGUUCUCUGAACUUCAGCCAGACGUCAGAAGAUAAUGCUUCCACCAGGAAAGUGAAAUCUGAAAACAUAGUAAACAAGGGCAAUAACAUGAAUUACAAUAACAACAGCAUUAACAACAACAUUAACAACAACGACAACAUUAACAACAACACCAACAUUAACAGCAACAAAAACAACAUUAACAACACCAACAUCAACAACAACAACAUUAACAUUAACGACAACAUUAACAACAACAACAGCAUUAACAAAAAUAGCAACUACAAUAGCGUUAACAGAAGCUGCAUUGAAACAUCAACAGUAGAUCACAAUCACAGCGCUAAUGCUAAUUGUGACGACAUUAAUACAAUGAUGAUGACAAAUAGCAUUAAUGAGUUUAACUACAAAGACAGCGUCAUCAAGAGCAGUUACAGCAGUAACGAUGACAUGAAGAGCUGUAGUUGCCCGUAUUACGAUCGUGACAUAAAUUAUAGCUUGUUUGGCAAUUGCUUUUCUUUUAAUUUUCAGAAAAUUUUCAGUGACAUCAAAAACGUCAUAACUAAAAACAACAGCAGCAACAACAACAACAACAUCAACAUAAACAACAGCAGAAACAACAACAGCAUCAGCAACAACAACAACAACAUAAAAUACACACGAUACCCGGUACAAUUUUUGAAUAAUAACACCAGCAAAAAAAUUCCUGAAAAUGGCAUAACCUCAACUGAAACAAACACCACAUCUUUCACUAAUCUGGAUUGCCAACAAAAACUGAGAGAUAAAAAUAGUAUAGAAGGUAAUAAUUACAGUAACAUAGGAGCAGAGAGCGUUAGUACACGUAGCAAUGUAAGCCUUAGUAGUGCAAGUAGUAGUAUUGGUAGUUGUUAUAAACAUUGUGAUCAUAUUGAAACUCGAUGUACGCAAAGAAGUUCUCAGUGCAACAGCGUUAAUGACGUCUUGAGUUACGUCAGAGGUGACGGUUGUAAAAACAACUGCACCGACAACAACAACAACGAUGUCAUGUACAACAACAUUAACAACAAUAAUAAUAACAGCAGCAACAGCAACAACAACAAUAAUGACGACAAAGGCAGGAACAGUAAAGCGUCCAACAGAUCAGAAAAAUUAAACAAAACAAGCCAAAAACUACCAAAAAAACCAACUUUCGCCACGAAAAUCAAAAACCUUUUUACCAAAAAAGACGACGAAAAAUUUCGCAAAACCCUACAGGAGCGACAAAUGAAGCUGGAACAGCAGCUUCACAUGCAACAGCACAUCUUACAGCAACGACAAAGAUCGCAAACGCCUUCGGUCACUAAUCUUCAAGACAUCCAAACUCAACCGGCUCUUUUCCAAGUUAGCAAAUUCGACGAGGAACGAAAACGAUCAAGAAGAGGUGAUCAAGUUUAUUUCGACCUCACGCAAAGUGACCUUAUGAAUGCAGUGAAAAACGAUUUGGUCAUCAAACAAUCUUCCAAAAAACCCCCAAAAUUCAGUCUAUUCGAUUCAAACUAUCUCCGAAAAUCGUCUGUAACAACCGACGGUUCUCUUAAAAAGUUAUUCAAAAUUUCUUUUCGGAGUGAGCCAGGAAGGACAGUGGGACAGCGUCCUCGCUAUCAGCACGAAAUAACCGAAAACAUGGAUAAAGAUGGGAAUUUCGUAAUCCCACCACAAAAUGAUGUUGAAAAUAUGAUAAACGACAACGAUGGAGGAAGAAGAAAAAUUGCCUGGCUCCAGCGACAAAAUUUUCAGAAAGAAAUAAAGGAACGAACUAAGAAAGAUGAAAAAGAUGAUAACAAAAACGAUGAUGAUGAGUACACUGAUGAUGAUAACGCUGGCAAGAUGAAAGCUAAUACUAGAAGGACGAGUGCUGAUAUGUAG